AUGAGUUCGGAAUCGCAUCCAAGUCUAUUACUGCUACCCUUCCCACCGCGACCGCCAUCUCGUACCUCACUCAGCGCAGCCUAUCGCCCCUCGCUUCUCGCUGUUCUUUCAAAAAUCAAGAAUCCUGCUCGGUCAUCCGUCCUUGUUGUUGCCAUUGUGUGCCCCAUUUUGCGCGGAGCCUCACCAAAGACCAAGUCAUUGUCAUGGACCGCUGCGCAGUCUCUUGCGGCUGGCAUCUACAGCCUUAUUGCCGUCGUAUGCGCUGAGCAAUCCAUCGCUACUGAUGUGAACGGAGGUCCGGGUUCAGUUGAUGCGCGCGUGGUACUUGUUGAUCAUGACGCCAACCGCAGAUUUGCGCCGGACUUCGUCGCCGCCAUCGAACCAAACAACACGACUGUCGUUGACCUUCCAACCUUUGCCUCUGCCUAUCACCCUUGGAGCUACAUCUUCCACGUGAACAGCGAACAGGGAUACCGCACUCUGUCAACGUAUCUUAAAUUUGCCGAGGGCAAGCAGACGAUUCUUCAGUCGCAGCUGGUUGUGGUUGAAGCUGGGCUGAGCAUGAAUCUCGAAGGUCCUGGAACAGACAACACGGAUCCGACUCCUGGAUACCCCGUGGUCUGCCUAGGUGGUACAUUUGACCACCUGCAUCCAGGACACAAGCUGAUGCUCAUGGCUGCGGUUCUCUUGUUACGGGUUCCAGAAAAGGAUUCCGGGUCUAGUUGCCGCCUGGUGUUGGGCAUCGCGGGCGACCAACUGCUGAAGAACAAGAAGUAUGCCGAACUUGUGCAAUCAUGGGAUGACAGGGUUAAGUACACCCUGGACUUCCUAGCAACUCUGCUCGAACUGGACAAGAGCGGAUGGAAGAAGAAGUCUGGCCCGGUCUCGACGGUGAUGACCAAGCCUGGCCACCUAGAGGCAAGAUUCCGGAACGGCACCAUCGUAGUUGAAUGUGUCGAGUUCCAGGAUGUGUAUGGGCCCACGACUUCAAUGCCGGAGAUCGAGGCUCUGGUGGUUUCUGGGGAGACACGGUCUGGCGGCAAGGCAGUCAAUGACAAGAGAAUCAGUCAAGGAUGGAAGGCGUUGGAGACGUAUGAAGUGGACGUCCUGGACGCCCACGACCUUGGCGACGAGGCGGCCAGGACGGAUGACUUUGCGAAUAAGAUUAGUAGCACUGCCAUUCGACAACAAAAGGCGGAAUCCGCAGCGAAGUCGAGCUUGUAG